AUGUUUACUCUCAAAGAUACCAUCUACCUCAUUGAGCUGGCAUUCUAUGGGCCCAUCAUACCUGCCAUCAUCUUUGUCAUUCUCCUCCAUGGCGGCAAGAAACCAUACACAUGGCGCCCGGUCAUCAUUCCCCUCAUGUUGAUGUCGGGCCUGAGAAUCGCCGGUGCUGCUGUUGGGCUCAGGUCACUGAGUCCAGACAAGGCCAGCUUGGCCAGCACUGCGACAAUACUCGACACCAUCGGGCUUGCGCCAGUCAUUUGCUUGAUUAUCGGUCUUCUCAUCAGAGCUAAUGCACCAUUGUAUCGAGGGCUUCCGUUGUGGGCAUUCAUCCCGCUCCAGAUGCUGGCAGUAGCAAGUACCGUCAUGACAGCAUACGGGGGCAGGGACCUGUACACGGCUGGGAAGAAUGCGCAGCGAGACUUGACACUGAUGCGAGUGGGCAUCUUUCUGUUCAUUACAACCUUUGCCGUCGCAGUGGUGCUGGCCGUCAUUACUGUGCUCAAAGCCAGUGGAAAGGGCUACAGAACCGAGUGGGCCGUCGCCGUGUGCGCGCUGCUGUCCGUUCCCUUCAUGGCCGUCCGUCUCACUUUCUCGACGGCGUCGCUGUUUACUGGCCAAGACUCUGUCCUCAACCCCAUGACUGAUAAUGAUACGGGGGUUUGGCUGCAUUUAUUCAUGGUUGUCAUCAUGGAAUACAUCAUCAGCUUUUCGGCAACCGCUGUGGGUCUGACUUCGAGGAGAGUCGUCUCUAUUGCUAUUGAGAAAGAUGACUUGCUAAGUGAAGAAGAACAUUGA